UAAGAAAUCAAGAUCUGUUCAGAGUGUUUCUGAGCUCCCAGCAAUUCUUAGAUUAUCUGUAGUACUUCUAACAUUCAUUCACCUUUCUUCACAGGCAAAGAAUGAAAGAGCAGUUGGAAAAGGCUUCGUGACUUGCUGGUGUCUUCCUCUGAAACCAGGGACCUGGAAGUCCAAGCUUUUAUGUAAUAAAUCCAAGAACAAGGACCAGUAACGUUGUGAUUGAAUGGCAUCAGAAAUCACCUACGCUGAGGUGAGGUUCAAGAAUGCAUCACCGUCUGCAGACGUCAAAGCACCUCCAGAGAAGAAGAAACAUGAGGAUCAUACCCCAAAAUACCCACCAUGGCUCCCAUGGCUAAUCUCACUGCUGCUCCUGCUGGUGUGCAUCGCGCUCAUCAUCACUCUCCUAGUCACUCGCUUCUCCCAUAGCCGUGGAGAGAUGAAUGCCUUGCAACAGAAUGCUACAGAGUGGCUCUGUGUCUCAGCAAUACCACAGAGAAAAGAGCAUGGCUGGAUGUGCUGCCCAAAGGAAUGGAAAUUCUUUCAAAAAAACUGCUACUACCUAUCAACAGAUUAUAUGUCCUGGAAUGACAGCAAGGACAAUUGCACUGGGAUGGGCUCCCACCUGGUGGUGAUCAAGACAGAAGCAGAGCAGGUUUUUCUCUCUACAUGGAUAAAAGAAAAUAUUAAAUAUGGAAAAAAAAACAAUUACUUCAUUGGUCUGAGUGCACAGGAGGUGGGCCAGUGGCACUGGGUGGACCAGACUCCCUUUAAUGUGACAGCUGCGUUCUGGAGGCCUGGAGAACCAAGUAAUGUGAAGAACGAGAAGUGUGUUGUAAUCCAUUGGAAGGAAGAAAAACACUGGAAUUGGAACGAUAUACCAUGUGAUGUCCCUUCUUUUCGAAUUUGUGAGGCUGCAGCAUUAACUGUCUGA